UCCAAAAGCGGAAAGUGUGUUGAAGUUCGCAGUCUCAAGUCAGCAAAUCAAACAUGUGAAGAAUAAUAAUAAACGCUCCUUUCGGACGAAAAUCUAUGAAUGGGAAGAGCAAUGCGGAACUAGCAACGUACUUAUACGCCUAUGAGUUGAACGUCCCCGUAGAAGGGAUAGAGGGAGAGACGUAAUCAACACGAGCAUUUCGUCAACGAUCGAUCCACGGUCGCGAAGCACUCGUAAUAAUAAUAAUAAUAAUACUACGGUGCGGACCGUUUCACAUCGGCAGGGCGUUGCGCAGCGGCAACGUCGAAAUCAUCGGUCCGGUCACAUGGUCGUCGAUUGUCCGCGAUAACGAAUGCAGCAGCAGCAGCAGCAGUGGCAGCAGUAGUAGUAGUAGAACAAUAAUGAUGGUAGGGCUGCUGAUGCGUUUUCGUAAUAUUAGUUCAAACCCGAUCCGUUCCUUCGAUCAGUCUUGCGUUUGAUCGGCCGGCUCGUGGUCUGUUCCGGUUGAGACGUCUCCUCGUUGCCGCCGUCGUCGUUGCUGCUGUCGCUGUCAUCGCUGCCGCCUCAUACGAAGUUUUACCCGAUUAUUGAAAACAUUUCAAAUGGUGACGGCUCAAAGUUUUACCUUUCGUGCACUCGAGUAAAUGAUACGUACGAGCCACUGUAGCACUACUGUUCACGCCUGACGAUACGAUUUCGUUAACGGCUUGUCGUCGAUUUUAUUGAGAAGAUAAAAAUACGCUCAAUUCCCAUCUAGACCAUGGCCAACAAAAUGCGGUCUAAGAACCCACCGGAGAAGAAGACGCCGUCGGUGCCGGUUAUCAGCAAACGGCCCCCGGACGGUGGUUGGGGUUGGUUUGUCGUGUUCGGAUCGUUCAUGAUACACGUAGUCACUGAUGGAGUGACUUAUUCGUUUGGUGUUCUAUACACAGAAUUCUUAGAAGUUUUCAAAGGAAGUAAAGGGGCAACUGCAUGGAUCGCAUCCUUAUUGGUUGGAGUUACUCUAUGCUCAGGACCCAUCGCCAGUAUUUUUGUGAACAAAUAUGGUUGUCGUUUGGUGACUAUUGCGGGAGCUAUACUUGCGAGCAUUUGUUUGAUGACUAGUGUAUUCGCCAACAGUCUGGUAACUCUGUACAUAACUAUCGGAAUCGGAACAGGUCUAGGCUUCGGUAUGAUCUAUCUGCCUGCCAUCGUGAGCGUGACGUGCUAUUUCGAUAAGUACAGGUCACUGGCCACCGGUAUCGCCGUUUGCGGUUCCGGGCUGGGCACGUUCAUCUUUGCGCCGUUGGUCGAUUACCUGGUGAAAGGGUACGGCUGGAAGGUCACCGUGGCCGUCAUAUCGGGCCUGGUGUUCCUGUGUACUCUGUUCGGCGGGCUGUUCCGGCCGCUGAACGCAGCCACAUCCGCAGCCGACGAAGAUGGUGACGAGGACGGCGAAAUACCGGCGCUGAUGAACGGGGCCGCGACCACCACAGUCGUUCUGAACAUCAUCGAACCGCCGGCGGCUGAGAGCCAGCCGAUGAAGAAUGGUGGCGGCAGCGUGGACGCGACCACCCGGUCAUACGAGCACAUACCCAACUCGGACGACGAUGACGAGUGGCGUGGCGCCGGCCACGACCAGACCGAGAUGUCGCACGACGUACUGCUGUUGUCGGACGGCAGGCGGACCAGCAAAGGUUCGGUCACGGCCGCAGCCGCGUCAAAUGCAGCGGCGGACUCCACGGCUGCGUCGUUCGGCAACGAUCUGGACAGACAGUCGCGGUUCACUCUCAGCCAGCCCGAGCUGAUCGCCGCGUCCGGUUGCCGGAACAGCUGUCGGCUCAACACUCGGCAGCGGAAUGAGAUGUGCUACGCCAGCCAGAACCUUAAGCCGUCCGCGAAUGGCGGCAGCGGUGGUAUCAUGUACCAGAAGGACAUAUUCUACAGUGGAAGUCUGGUCAACAUAAACGUGAACCGCAGGAGGACCAUAUCGCAGUCGACCAACGCUGGUGCUUAUGCCACCGAAAUGACCAACACAAAUAUAGAAAGCGACCAAUUUUCGGACGGUAUCUGUUGUUCCGCCGACGCCAAGAGCACAAUAAAGACAUUGUUGGAUUUCUCUCUGCUUAAAGACCCCGUAUUCAUACUGUAUACAAUAUCCAACUUCUUGACGAGCAUUGGCUUCAACAUACCGUACUUGUACUUAGUGCCCCAAGCCGGCAUGAUAGGCAUAGCAUCGAAACAUUCAAGUUACCUGUUGGCCUUGUUGGGCAUAGCCAACACAUUGGGAAGGAUCAUACUAGGAUUUAUAUCGGACAAACCGUGGAUAAACAGGCUCAUGGUGUAUAAUCUGUGUUUAACCGUUUGUGGUAUAGCUACAAUGCUGAGCACAUACUGCACGGACAUACUCUCAUUAUCCUUAUACACGAUCGUUUUCGGAUCCACAAUCGGUGCGUACGUGGGUCUGACGUCGGUAAUCCUGGUGGACCUGCUGGGCCUGGAUAAAUUGACAAACGCUUUUGGAAUCCUGUUGAUGUUUCAGGGCAUUGCCUCGCUCGUCGGACCACCCAUAGCCGGGUGGCUAUUUGACAUAACGGGCUCGUACAACCCGGCUUUCUACCUUUCGGGAUCGAACAUCGCCGUAAGUGGUUUGAUGCUGUUCGUCAUACCGUACGUCCAGCGGCAGUGUGAACGGAAGGAACUCGAGAAAAUGACUGCAGUAGUAAAUAAUAAUUAACAUGUAAUGACAGACAGACACACACACAAUGUACUCCUAUACGAAUUGUUAAAAAUGUUACGUUAUAUGGGAAAUUAUUUUUUUUAAAAAAAAAGAAGAAAAAAAUCAUCGACACAAAUCAUAUCUAUUAUAGUUAAUAGUUAAUACUAUAUACGUUAAAACGUGCCCCCAGGACUAUAACGCACAGAGGGCGUUUAUAUUUUGUAUUUUCAUUAUUUAUUUAUUUUCUCUGCCCCGCGGGGAGAUUUCGUUGCCGCGUUCUUCCUGUUUCGAUUUUUGCUCAAAAUAUAUUUUAUAUGAAUAAUAUGAUAUAGGUUUACAUAUAAUAUUAUAGAUAUUUCGUCGUUAUUAAUUUAAACCGCGAAUUUGUGUUCCCAGCGAGCAGGUGAAGACACACGAAUAUAAUAUAUAAUAAAUAUAUACUUAAGUUUUAUUUUUCUGUUUCGUUUAAUUAUUAUACAUUCGUCUCAAUAUUUAUAUAUUAUUACGAAUUUUCCGAUUUCUUUUGUUGCUGAUUUUUAAUUAAUUGAUUUUUCGUAUUUACUGAAUAUCGAUUAAAUUUUUUAAUUAUAUAUAUGUUUAAGCUGAAACUACGUGUAUUUUUUAAAGGACCAAAACACAAAUAAUAUUAUAUUAUAUAAAUUAUUGUACCUAUAAUACUAAUUAAGGUGAGAGAUUAUGAAAUAACUAAAUGGCCGAAUAAUCUGUUGAAAUAAAUAAUAAUCAUCGAAUAAUCAUCGAAUGGAAUUAUUCCAAUUAAAUAUUAAUCAACGUUGUAAAAUCUAUCGGGAAUCAAAUUAUUUUAGUUCGGAUUAUUAAUUUUUUGAGUGUUUUCGAUGGUGAAAAACUAAACCAUUUACCGCUGGUUUUAUUUUGUACCUACUCGAUUGAUUUUUUAAUUUUUUUCCGGGAAAACCGUAAACAAAUUGUCUGAUUGGACGAUCCCCAACUAAUUCGCUAAACAUAAUAAUAAUUUAAAAUAAUCAACAUAAUCAACACGUGAUGUUUCAAUAAAUCGGUACGCCAAUAUUCUUGUGUAGUAUUCAAUAAUAUAAUAGGUACCUUAUACCUUCAUAAAUCAUAAUAUUACAAUAUACAAUAUAAAAUAAAUAUAAUAUACAUUAUUAUGUUUAAACAUUAUUGAUAAAAUUAAAUAUAAUAUAUUACUGUGUACAAAAAUAUGUUUGCGAGUGACGUUUUUGAUGAUAUUUUGUGGACGACCGCACGUCUGCCUAAGACGCUUUAGUAAUAUAAUUCUACACAUAACCUGUAUAGGGCACGCAAAAAGACCGUUUCCCGAGACAGUUUACUACAAAUUUUUUCACACGUAUAAUAAUGUAAUAUAUUAAGUAGCAUCAACAUUCUCUUAAAGAUUUUUUUUCCCUUAAACAUUUCAAGAAAAGUUUAUUCAAACAUGCAAGCGACCUACGUCUUACACAAACUCUCUUGCUGGUUCUUAACUUAGUAUGACUAAGCUAUUAAUUGGCAAAAAAAAAAAAUUAUAAAAUAAGCAUUUUUCCGUUUCGGGGACACCAGAGUGUUGAUUUGUCAAAGACAAGUAUUACUAAACAGUAUAUUAUUAUUUUUAAUAUUAUUUAAUAUUUAUUAUUAUUAUUAUCAUUAUUAUUAUUAUUAUUAUUAUUAUUAUUAUUUUAAUUAUUAUUAUGAUUAUAAUUUAAUAUUUAUAUAAAUUAUAUCGCAGUCGUCCACGCAAUUUGACAGUGCGUACCACACUCAUGUUUGCUGUCCGAGCGACUUAUUAUUGUAUUAUUAUUACUAUUAUUACUAUUAUUAUUAUUAUUAUUACUAUUUUUUUUUUGUCCCAUUAGAGAAAUGUGUCAUUUAUUAAUGUUUUAAAUUGUCAACGUAGUUAAACUCAACAAUAUAUGUCUUUUAGUUAUUUUAAUUAAUAUAUUUUUGUUACACGAUACAAAAUCAAAGAAAAAAAACUGAGGCCAAUUAUUUAAUGUUAAGUAUUAACUAUGUAUAUAAGGAGUUAUUGUUACCUUAAGCAUCAUGAUGUGGAGGAAUAUUUUUAAUAAACACUUUUUCGAUGUACAAAA